AUGAUAGCUUCCCCCAGCCCAGAAGAACUGCGAAUACCCUGGCCCAAUUCAGCAGUUCCCGUGCCACUACUGGCAGUACCACACUCACCACAAUGCCAAUCAACCGCCUCGACGCGGAAUCCAGGAGAAAAGCACCGAGAAACCCGGGCUUACUAUUGGGAGGAAGGGUGCGGCGGCGCCUGUUGUGCGGCGAUCUAUGCGCUGUGGACGUGGAUAGGUGGUGAGCAGGAUUUAUCUAGUGAGUCGACUAGAGGAGGAACGGAGAGCGAUUAUGGCUUUGUUCCGGGACCUCGUCUUGGGGCAGCGUUGGUUCGGGAUGGGUCUGUCAAGGAAGCUGUGGCUCUGGAGACUAUACUGGUAGUGGUUGGGACGGUGCCUGAUUUUGCGCCGUGGGAGGAAGAGGGAGAUCCGAGCAAGGAAGAUCGUGUGGUCCAUGGAAAGAGAGAAGAGAAGAGGGUUAUUCUCGAGAUGUAUUAUCAUCCGAAGCCGCCGUUCUAUAUUCUCGGGGAAGAAGCUGGGCAAGAGGUGCUGUUUGAGACGGAGUCGAUAAUUUGGCAGAGUAUGGCACAAUAA